UGACGUUUUGUUUUUACAGUUCACUUUUACACCAUUGCAGCAAAGGAAACGUUUAGUUUAUUAAUUGUUUUUAGAAAUAAAAUAACGUCGUAUUAAAUAGCAAAGUAAAAUGUUUUGUUGUUUGCGCGCUUGCCUCAAUGGAAAUAUGGGGAAAACAGCUUCUUCGGCAGCUAAUCGACAACGCGAACCAGAAAUUUUCCUCGAUUCUUCGUUUGCGGGACCUGACGCCAUACUGCUCUCGAAGCAGCUGCGCAUCACCGGCUCCGGCGGUGCCUUGGCCACUGCGCCGCUUGUGCAAUCCAAAUCAUACUUUGAAAUAAAAAUACAACAAGGAGGCAGUUGGUCGGUCGGCUUGGCAACGCGCCAAGCGGAUUUAACAAAACAGGUUGGCGGCUGUGACAAGGAAACGUGGUGCCUCUGCUCAGAUAAUGCAACGCGGCAUAACGACGAAGCCUUUCUGCCGGUAACCGUGACGACCCAAGAACCAACUAGCGUUAUCAAAAACCUAGUAAAUGGCACUGCAGCUGCUGCCGGACUGAUUGGCAUAGAGGAUGUACCUGAAGACAAUCUGCUGGGCACUGAUGUAAAUGUCAGUAGUGAAAACGGAGAUAGCAACUUGAUUGCGCAGCCGCAUCAUGAUUUUCCCGAUGAAGGAGACAUUGUGGGUAUAGCAUUCGAUCAUAUAGAGUUAAAUUUCUACUUUAAUGGCAAAAAUUUGGAAGUGCCAUUCCGCAAUGUUAAAGGUACUGUCUACCCAGCUGUAUUUGUGGGCAAUGGUGCCAUUGUAGACAUUAUCUUGGACAACUUUCAUUACGGGCCGCCGCCGGGCUUCGACAAAAUUAUGCUCGAACAAUCACUGCUUUAAAGUAAGCUGCGUAACUUCUCUAACGACUUGUGUUAUUAACCCUGUAUUACGAUUUGAAAUGCAGCGCAAUCAGCAAAGUGCAACAAUUUUGCAAUACGGUGUGGCUUCAUGAAGGCAUCAAUGCAAAUGCGUUUAUAAAGUGCUUCAUAUAUUUGGCAGUGUUUACAGAAGUUAAAAUUAUGAAUAUGUAAAUACGAAACACUAAAAUAAUUUAAGCGAACAAAAAAUAAAUUAUUUAUUUACUACUCCUUAACGUAAACUAGUCAAUGUAACAUUUUCAAGUAUUAAACUGACUGCUCCACACAUUUGUUCAUUGCUCUAAAGUCACUUAACAUGUUAAACAAUUUAUUUUUUAUUAGAUUCUAACGGUAAAAAGACUUAUCCCUAUGAUGUACUAUUAUGUAUCUACUGUAUUUCGUAUAAGCUGUGUAUAACAAAAAAAAGUGCGUUCCAGUAAUUCGCAUGCGCUUAAUGCUAAGUAAGAAAACUUAGAAAAAAUAUUUAUACAUAACAAAUCUUGUAACUAACUAACUAUUUUUAGGCUUAUAAACUUACAUAUAAAUAUACAAAUAUUUUUGUGACAUUAUUUCGCUUACUCUAUUGAAAUUCUUAUAAUAUUAUUUAUAUAAAUAAUAAUAAAAAAUUAUGUUUCACAUUUUUCCAUUAUGAAAAUUGUAAUGUAUUGAAGUUUAUGCGCAUAAUUAGGAAGAAAACUGUAAAAUAUACAAACGCAUUCCGUAAAUAACCGAUAAUUGUAAAUGUAUGUAUGUACAUAUAAAUAUUAUUAAAAUAAAUAAUAAUACAACUAAUUAAACUUGGGCCUACGAGUAUAAAAAAACAAGU